AUGAAUGGAAUAGUAACUAAGUUUUCUGUCGAGAACACCAAAUGGCAUGCAAAUAUCGUAAGCUUCCUUUUUGUCGAAAGAAUCUCCAUUCUUUGUGACGACAAAAGAGGUCGUGUCAUCCUCGUCGGUCUCUCCUGCCAGGACCACGAGCCAGUUGUUUGGUUCCAGUUGACUGACGAAAACCACUUUUUGAUCGUCAAAAGCGAAAUGGGCCUGUGGUUGAGACGCCUGGACUCCGAUUAUUUCAAUACUCGAUUCUUGGCCAACCAGGAGAGUGUUGUUGUCGAUCCAGCAAAAACAUGA